AGGAGCGCCAGGCGAGUGGAGGCGCGGCUGGGGCCUCUGGCUGUAGAAAGCUGCUUGGGGGAGGAGGGGAGCUCUGUCUGGAAGGGAACAGAACGCCCCUUUGCUGCUAUCAGUAGGGGUGCAAGUCUCGUCGUGAGAACGUGUCUGGGGCCAGGUCUCAGUUGGAACAGCCGUCGGAAAGGCCGGGCCUUCGAGCCCGCGUGGGUUCUUGAAGAGGCUGGCCUGCGGUGACGGUUUACUGGGAAAGAUAGCCCUUAGAGAACGCGGGUCCGCCCCAUCUUCUCUCCUAUAAAAAAGCCUAAAGAGCAUCAGGCAGGGUUUCGUUGUGGCGAAGCUGAGUCGGGCUGGGGGCUGCAAGCCAAACGGACCCUUCGGCACGGGGUUCUUGUUUCCACCUUGAUGGGCGGAGGUGGAAGGGGGUUGGACAAAGUCGCUGUAGGCGCCCGAAAGACUUUCAGCGUCGGACUCGCCGGUGCCAUGCAGUCUCGAAACAUCAGAGCAAGCAGAUGAAAGCAAGUGACCUCAACCAGAAAGAGACAUCAGUUUUACUUCAAUAAGAAGAGCUUGUUUGUUGAAGCAAGUCCUAAUUUUCUGUUGUUAUGGCUUUAUCACUCAAGGUGCUUAAUAAGUGUCACUGGCAAAAUGGCUUAUAUCCCUUAUUUAGAGCUCUUGUUGAUAAUUGCAGCCAGAUACAAUAUAGCAGCUAUAAAAGACCAGGAACACCAUCUGACAGGAUCCCACCAUGGGCAAAGAUUAACUUCAGUUUUCAGAAAGGAAUAGAAGGGAUCAAGACACACUUUGGACGCUUAAUAAAAGAGGUAGGCGAUCAUCUGAGAGGGCCAGAGGAACGUUCAUUAGAGGAAUACAUGCUGGAAAAGACAAGAGUGGCUUGGCAGUUUCGCAGUGAAGAAGACUUGAAAAAGUGGGUGAUCUCCUGUGAUGCUGAAAUUGGAGGGAAAAGCGAAGUGUAUCUUAAACUAAGUAAAAAUAACCAGUCUGCUCUGUUGUAUGGGACUCUCAAUACUCAAGUACCUCGAGAUGGAGAGACAAGAUACAGUGGAUACUGCUCUAUGAGAUCAAAGCCACGACGUAUUUCUUUUGAUCGAAAGUGGCCUUACAAUUGGUCAAAGUUCAAUUGUCUGCACCUGAGAAUUCGUGGUGAUGGUAGACCUUGGAUGAUAAACAUCUAUACAGACCCGUACUACUCUCAUCAAAAGGAUGAUCUCUAUAAUUACUUUAUGUUUACCCGAGGGGGUCCAUACUGGGAGGAAAUCAAGAUUCCGUUUUCUAAGUUCUUUUUCUCAAGCCGGGGCAGAAUCCAGGAUCAGCAACAUGCACUGUGGGUAGACAAGAUCAGUACUCUUGGAUUCACUUUAGGUGACAAAGUAGAUGGUCCAUUCCAGCUGGAGAUCGACUUCAUUGGAUUGGCCAGAGACAGAGCACAUAUAGAAGAAUGUGCCUAUGAGAUAUAUGAAAAAAAUCCUAAGUAGAACAGCACCUGGAGGGAAGUUAUUCAUCUGGAGUAUGGAAGCUUUUACAUUUGUCCUGUAGGAGGUGGAUGUUUAUACUGCUGCACUCUGCUGCAGUCCCUGUACGGAAAUCUAAUCUGACUGAAAGAGAUUAGUCUGAGCAAAAGCAGCCAUCAGGAAAACUCAGUCCUUUGAAAUGAUUUAGGACCACCCCAGUAGAGUUUAGCUCAGCGUAAGACAUAAAACUGUACUGGUUGAAUUAGUUUGAGGCACCUUUGUUAUUAGCUUAGUGCAUCAGAUUCAUCCUUAUUCAAUUGUAAUUAGAAUGGUGUAUGUAUUGUGUCAAAUAAAUGGAAUCUUCUAUCUGAAAGCU